AUUUGAUUGCACAGAAUCGUUAAUUCCAACUCCUAUCCACUAAUUAAUCGAUAAAUAAAUAGAUAAAUAAAUGGCAGCAGAACAGGUAGAGCCAUGGCACAAGCUCGACGACAAAGUCGUGUUGGUAACCGGCGGUUCCUCCGGCCUGGGAUGCGACUUCUGCCUCGAUCUCGCUAAAGCCGGCUGCAGGAUCGUCGCCGCUGCUCGCCGCCUCGACCGCCUCUACUCCCUCUGCCAUCAAAUCAAUAAUCUAUACGGAAACGGAACCCUCCGUGCCGUGGCUGUGGAACUCGACGUCUCCGCCGAUUCCGCUACCAUUGACAGGUCCAUUCAGAAGGCAUGGGACGCCUUUGGAUAUAUUGAUGCCUUGAUUAACAAUGCUGGUGUAAGAGGAAGUGUUAAAUCUCCCUUGAAUUUGUCUGAGGAGGAAUGGGAUCAUGUUCUCAAAACUAACUUAACUGGUUGUUGGUUGGUUUCAAAAUAUGUAUGCAAACGCAUGUGUGAUGCCCAGCGAAAGGGAUCAAUUAUUAAUAUUUCUUCAACUUCUGGUUUAAAUCGGGGACAACUCAGUGGGGCUGUUGCAUAUGCAUCUUCAAAGGCAGGCGUCAACAUGCUAACAAAGGUCAUGUCUUUGGAAUUGGGGGUACACAAAAUAAGAGUGAAUUCAAUAUCCCCUGGAAUUUUCAAAUCUGAAAUCACAGAAAAAUUAAUAGAAAAAGCUUGGCUGAAUAAUGUAAUCACUAAAAUAAACCCGUUGAGAAGUUUGGUUGCUUCAGACCCUGCAUUAACAUCAUUGGCUCGUUACCUGAUUCAUGAUUCUUCUGAAUAUGUUACGGGUAAUAAUUUUAUUGUUGAUUGUGGAGCAACUUUACCUGGUGUCCCGAUUUAUUCUUCUUUGUGACUAAUGUGUACAUUGUGCUGUGCACUCACCAAAAAUAACUUGGGUCAACUAUGUUUGUUACAUGUAUUUAGAUAAUGCACUACAGUGUUUGUCGGUCUAUGUAGAGUCUAAAGCAAAUAAAGAGUAUGAAGAGAAAACUAUCGAUUGUUAUGUGUAUGUGUAUGUAAUAUCAAAUAUCAAUAUUUGAUACUGUUUUAUUACUCUCUAAA